AUGUUGGCAGAGGUAGCAAAAGGAGAGGGAUUGAUGAAGAGACGUUGCAGAGAGAUAGAGGCUCGGGAGAAAGUUAGCGUCCUUGAUGUAAGCCGCGAAUCCAUCGAGAUAGAUGUUGACCAGCAUGACGAUAAUGAGGGCAAGGUUGGAGCCGCAGCAAGCGACGAGGAUGUAGCGUACGACGAGGAUGACCAUAGCAGAAUAGAUAACGACGACGAAGACGAUAACGACGUCGAAGGUGACGGGAAUAAAAAAGACCAAGACAAAGAAGAUGAACGUCUUUUACUAACCCUGAACCAACAGAAGGUCUUAAUUAAGAAAGGUAUUCAAAGAACGCCAGAGGAGUUGGUCCAUACAGAUGGUGACAUUAAGAUGGCAGAGAUCGCUCAUCGACUCCAUGGUCCAUCUUCUACCACUACCAAAGCAAGGAACGGAGCAUGUGGUGAUACUACGAAUCCGUGCACGGCACUCGUGUUGGCGAACGCUUACAAUGGAAACGGUACCUUCUUUGACCAUUGUUCGCGUAGAGAAGUGAUGGAUCCAUUUGUUUUCUAUACCAAGGACAUUCUUGCCUGCCACGAAAGAUACUUGUGUCCGAUUCGCGAUAAUAUGCAUGCUCCAGUGGAGAUCGUUUAUGGUAUCCCAACCUGGGAACGAAUGAAACUUUUAGUUCAAGAUAAGCUCCAAGCCCUUGAUCUGUGGGGUAACUACGAAGGGAGCACGAUAUACCUGGAAUGGGAAAAUGUCCAGGAGAAUCUUAGCGAAACUUCGCGUCGUUUAGGAAGAUUUCUAAUAUUUGCGUCCCAUUUACAGAAUAUGAUGAGGGCAUGGUCAAAGAGCUAUACUGCUGGUCAACAUAGUUUGCUCGAAAUCGGAUAUCGACUGGCUGGUGUUGGUUUCAUUGAACGUUUCUAUUAA